GCUACUGCUCGCGAUUAAGCUGUCGAAAAAUAAGUGAAAUUAAGAAUUAGUUUGUUUUGAAAUCUGUCAAUUUUGCUGACUUGUUAAUCAGUUUGACAAAGUUGCUUCAGUGGUGCCUACCUUAACUUUUGAAGUGUUACUUAAGAUAUUAAUAGACUGUCACAAUGACCUAGCCUAAUUUAGUGAUUUCCUACUGAGCACAUGGUGAUUUUCUUCAACAUUUUGGAACAUUCACACAAAUCUAGAUUUCGGCUAAGCCAGACGCUCCGCUAUCAAGAUGGCCGAUCCCCAGGUUCAAGCAAAUGACGAGCAGGAAAUUGCCGAAGCGCAAAACUCGCUGACGGACCUGCUGUACGACGUGGUGGCCCAGGGUGCCACAACCCGGCUCGGUGGCUUCGUGUACCGCCGGAUUGACAGCGUCCUCUCGACGGUGGAAAAAACGGCCAAAUGGAGCCUGCCCCAGCCGGUUCUGGACGGUGGUGACGAGGCCAGCUCGGACGGAAGCAAAAUUUCCGCCCCGCCGCUGAUCCGUCCCCUGCCGUGGAUGCUUUUCCUGCCGGCCCUGGUGGUCAUGCGGAUGGUCCGCGUCGGACUGUCGCUGUUGGCACUGAUGGUCGGUCGGCCGCCGGUCACUCCGGCCUCGGUGGUUCACUUUGUGCAGAAUAAGCGGCGGAAGUUGCGCGCCCUCAAGUACCGCGGACAAAAGCUGGGCCGGAUUAGUCGGGCGGAGGCGAAAGCCGAAGACGAGCUGCAAACCACGUGGCUCAGCCGGAUUAUAAUGCCGCUGAGGACGAUCGUGUGCAGGCCGGGACGAGUUGUGGUAACCCCCCACCGCCACCACCAUCGUCACCCGCAGCGCCAGCAAAACCAGCAGCAGGAUCAGCAACAGCCGGGCCGGAAGCGGAACGCCCAGGAGCGGGACGUCGACGACGAUGACGAGAGUGGCCCCGAGGUGGACGAGGGCACCGUCAGCGAGCUGUUGGACAAGUACGCGGACGACGCCGGCGAUUCGAGCUUCCACGCCGAUUCAGCUUCCGGUGAGUCAUCUGACAGUUCCCUUUCGGAACAGGAAAAGUCCGCCGUCGAAGACGUUCCGUCCAAACCAGCGUCGGAAUCUGCAAAGAAGGAGAGCAACGGCCACGCCCCCAAGGAGGGCUCUCAGGCGAGGCGAAAAUCGGAUCUGAACGUUGAAUCAGCGCCAAAACCUGCCGAAAAUGGGUCCGUCGACAGUAGCAAAAAGCAGGAUGCAACGAAAGAACCCGCCGCCAAAGAGCCGGAAAAGGCAGAAGUGAAAGAAGACAAACCAAAAGCUACCGAAAAUGGAUCCACUGACGGUAGCAAAAGUCAGGACGCAGCCAAAGAAGAACGUCAAAAACAAGAGGCAAACAAGCCAAAGCUAAAUUCAACAGCGUCCGAUAGUGAGCGCACUGACAGUAAGCAGACGAGCGUAGCAGGCCAGAAGAACCAGCAAGAAGAAGAUGCUGCGAAAAAUCAAUCCAUGAGUGAUGUAAAGACCAAUUUCCAGCAGAAAAAUAAACAGCAGCAGCCGAAUCAACCGCAAAAUCAGCCCCAGCAAACGAAUGCUAACGGUGGAACUGGUGGCAAGAAGCAGAAAAGGCCCAGCCAAGGUCACCAGUAGUUUAUCUAAAAUGAAACAGAGAUUUUUUUUUUGCAUGAGUUUUGGUUCUAUAUAUUCAAUAUUUUGUUUACUUUAUAUUUUGCCUGCACGCUUUUGCUUGUUGUUUAAAGUGUUAUUUAAAAAUGUGUGUUUAUUGAAAUUAAAUAAAAAAUUAAAGAAAUAA